AUGAUCGCUCUCCUCGCGGCGACGGCGACCGCGCUGUCCUCGACCAGCCACCGCAUCUACCCGGGGCGUUUGGGCACCGCGUUCCGCAUAAAACAAUGCGUACCCCGAGAAGACGCGCUGGCCAUCGGCGAAAAAGCGCUCGCGCUGCCGCCGUCCGCCUGGGCGUCGGACCGCCACGUCCUCCUACGCGACCCUCGAUACUUCAGCGCACGACGUCGAACCCCAGUUCGAUUCGAUAGUCUGGUCGCGGGUCCGCGCGCGCCUGGCUCAUUGUUAUGAGGUUCCGGGCGGCACUGUGCCUCAUCGACGCCUUUGUCGUCCGAUACGACGCCGACGCCGGCGACGGCGCCGAGCUGGCGCCGCACCGCGACGCGGGCCCGCUCUCGUUCAACGUGCUGCUCUCGGACGGGUCGGAUUUCGACGGCGGCGCGACGACGUUCGUGGACGCCGAUUUCGACGGCGUCGACGAGGAUGCGGGCGACGCCGUGCUGCAUCCCGGCCAGACGCGCCACGGCGGCCGCCGGACGACGCGGGGCACGCGCAUUAUUGCCGUGGGAUUCGUGGAAAUCGACGGCUUUGAAGUUAACGUGGACGGGUACGACGGCGCCGCGUCGGAGCGCCACCAGCGCGACCUCGGGCGCGCGUCGAACCUCAGAAGGCUGCAGUCUCGGGCGCUGUGUACUACGUUCGCCAGGGUGUGCGCCGAGGGCGCGGUCGUGCGGAGGGAACGUGAGGCGGACGCCGCGUUCGCGUGCGAGAUGCUCCAGGCCACUCCGACGUCGCGCAUCACCGUCGCGGUAUCGACGCCGCCGUCGGACCGCGAAACAAAUGAAGCAUCUGCAGCUCUACGUGAAUAUGGCGUCGUGGUGCUCCGGUCGGUCGACGGGCUGCUUGCUGGUGUUCAAAAGGGCGAUGCCGUGGCCGCCGUCGAGGCGCUCGACGAUCGACUCGCCGGCCGUGGACAGGAUGCCGCCAUUGACGAGCCGACGCUUGCUCGACGGUCGGAGCUCCGCCACGACGUGCGACUGGACGACAGUACGGCGGAUCCGCGCUGGUCUGAGCUCGCUGACCGCGUCGCUGGGAUUGCUAGGCGUGUCAUAGCCGAGUCGAAUCCAGGCGAGUGGGACGUCGCGACGGCGGGCUGCGUCAUUUCGCGCCCCGGCGCGGGCCCUCAGUUGUAUCACGCCGACGGCAUGGACGAAUUCUACAACGCGUUCGUGCCGCUGGUUGACGUGCCCUCUCACCUAGGCCCUACAGAAUUUGCGCUGCGGUCGCACGCGGACGAGCACGCCGUCGCCUACGCGCCGACGCUGGAAGGCGAUGAUCGAUACGAGAAGUGCGCGCCGGAACUUAGAAGAGGGGACAUUGUACUCUUCUCUUAUUCGACGCUGCACCGCGGCUUGCCGAACACUGGCGACGCGUCGCGACCCGUCUUCUACGUUACGGUGGCGCCGCCGGGCGCCGUCGACGCGAUCAACUUCGCGGAGGCGCCAGGUGAUGCUUAA